AGCAUUUUCACCUAUGAAUGUAGGAGUUAAUGUCUCCUCUAGCUAAAGAAGGGGUCUCAUGUGUUUGAGUACAGUAAACUAAGUCCAUUGAUCUAUACAACUAUGCCAUGCUGCCUCUAAUCCUUACCCACUUUUUUUCUUCACAUGCUGAUAAUGAGGAUUCAUGGGUCUUGAGUCAGAGCAACGGCUUUUGGGACCCUGCACGGCUAUCAUGGAGACUGAGAGUGAGCAGAACUCCAACUCCACCAAUGGGAGCUCCAGCUCUGGGGGCAGCUCUCGGCCCCAGAUAGCUCAGAUGUCACUGUAUGAACGGCAGGCGGUGCAGGCUCUGCAGGCACUGCAGCGGCAGCCCAACGCGGCUCAGUAUUUCCACCAGUUCAUGCUCCAGCAGCAACUCAGCAAUGCCCAGCUGCAUAGCCUGGCUGCGGUCCAGCAGGCCACGAUUGCUGCCAGUCGGCAGGCCAGCUCCCCAAACACCAGCACUGCCCAGCAGCAGACUACCACCACCCAGGCCUCAAUCAAUCUGGCCACCACGUCGGCCGCCCAGCUCAUCAGCCGAUCGCAGAGUGUGAGCUCUCCCAGUGCUACCACUUUGACCCAAUCUGUGCUACUGGGGAACACCACCUCCCCACCUCUCAACCAGUCCCAGGCCCAGAUGUAUCUACGGCCACAGCUGGGAAACCUAUUGCAGGUAAACCGGACCCUGGGCCGGAAUGUGCCUCUAGCCUCCCAACUCAUCCUGAUGCCUAACGGGGCGGUGGCUGCGGUCCAGCAGGAGGUGCCAUCUGCUCCAUCUCCGGGAGUUCAUACAGAUGCAGAUCAGGUGCAGAAUUUGGCAGUGAGGAACCAACAGGCCUCAGCCCAAGGACCCCAAAUGCAAGGCUCUACUCAGAAGGCCAUUCCUCCUGGAGCCUCCCCUGUCUCUAGCCUCUCCCAGGCUUCUAGCCAGGCCCUUGCUGUGGCUCAGGCUUCCUCUGGGGCCUCAGGCCAGUCCCUCAACCUCAGUCAAGCUGGCACAGGCAGUGGGAGUAGCAUCCCAGGGUCCAUGGGGCCAGGUGGUGGUGGCCAGGCACCCGGGGGCUUGGGUCCAUUGCCUUCCUCAGGAAUGGGUGGGGGUGGGAGCUGUCCUAGAAAGGGCACAGGAGUGGUGCAGCCCUUGCCUGCAGCCCAAACAGUGACUGUGAGUCAGGGAAGCCAGACAGAAGCAGAAAGUGCAGCGGCUAAGAAGGCAGAAGCAGAUGGGGCUGGUCAGCAGAAUGUGGGCAUGAACCUGACACGGACAGCUACACCUGCUCCCAGUCAGACCCUUAUUAGCUCAGCCACCUACACGCAGAUCCAGCCCCACUCCCUGAUUCAGCAACAGCAGCAGAUCCACCUCCAGCAGAAACAGGUGGUGAUCCAGCAGCAGAUCGCCAUCCACCACCAGCAGCAGUUCCAGCACCGGCAGUCCCAGCUCCUCCACACAGCCACACACCUCCAGCUGGCCCAGCAGCAGCAGCAGCAGCAGCAGCAGCCGCCGCCCCCGCCGCCAGCUGCCACACUCACUGCCCCUCAGCCACCGCAGGUCCCACCUACUCAGCAGGUCCCUCCUUCCCAGUCCCAGCAGCAAGCCCAGACCCUGGUGGUCCAACCCAUGCUUCAGUCUUCACCCUUGUCCCUUCCGCCUGACCCAACCCCCAAGCCACCCAUCCCCAUCCAGUCCAAACCACCUGUAGCACCUAUCAAGCCUCCUCAGUUAGGCGCUGCUAAGAUGUCAGCUACCCAGCAACCACCACCCCAUAUCCCUGUGCAAGUGGUGGGCACCCGGCAGCCCGGGACGGCCCAGGCCCAGGCUCUGGGGUUGGCACAGCUGGCCGCUGCUGUCCCUACUUCCCGGGGCAUGCCCAAUACAGUGCAGCCCAGUCAGGCCCAUUUGGCCUCCUCGCCACCUUCAUCCCAGGCUGCCGGGGCCCUGCAAGAGUGCCCUCCCACGCUGGCGUCUGGGAUGAGCCUCGCUCCUGUGCAGGGGACAGCGCAUGUGGUAAAGGGUGGGGCUACGACCUCCUCACCUGUUGUGGCCCAGGUACCUGCUGCCUUCUACAUGCAGUCUGUGCACCUGCCGAGCAAACCCCAGACAUUGGCUGUCAAACGCAAGGCAGAGUCUGAGGAGGAGAGAGAUGAUAUCUCCACGUUGGGUUCAAUGCUUCCUGCCAAGGCAUCUCCAGUAGCUGAAAGUCCAAAGGCCAUGGAGGAGAAGAGCAGUCUUGGAGAGAAAGCUGAACCAGUGACUGGUGUGAAUGCUAGUACUCCAAGCAGUGAACUAGUAGCCUUGGCUCCUGCCCCAGCUGCACCGCCCCCUACACUAGCCAUGGUGUCCAGACAAAUGGGUGACUCAAAACCCCCACAGGCCAUCGUGAAGCCCCAGAUUCUCACCCACAUCAUUGAAGGCUUCGUUAUCCAGGAAGGAGCAGAGCCUUUCCCGGUGGGUUGUUCUCAGUUACUGAAAGAGUCUGAGAAGCCAUUACAGACUGGCCUGCCUACAGGGCUGAAUGAGAAUCAGCCAGGGGGCCCCUUGGGAGGGGACAGCCCAUCUGCUGAGCUAGAUAAGAAGGCGAACCUCCUGAAGUGUGAGUACUGUGGGAAGUAUGCUCCUGCUGAGCAGUUUCGCGGCUCCAAGAGGUUCUGCUCAAUGACCUGCGCUAAGAGGUAUAAUGUGAGCUGUAGUCACCAGUUCCGGCUGAAGAGGAAAAAAAUGAAAGAGUUCCAAGAAGCCAACUAUGCUCGCGUUCGUCGGCGGGGACCCCGCCGCAGCUCCUCGGACAUCGCUCGUGCCAAGAUCCAGGGCAAGCGCCACCGGGGUCAAGAGGACUCUAGCCGGGGUUCAGAUAAUUCCAGUUACGAUGAAGCACUCUCUCCAACAUCUCCUGGGCCUUUAUCUGUGCGAACUGGGCAUGGAGAACGUGACCUGGGGAACCCCAAUACGGCGCCACCGACGCCAGAAUUACAUGGCAUCAACCCUGUGUUCCUGUCCAGCAAUCCCAGCCGUUGGAGUGUAGAAGAGGUGUAUGAGUUUAUCGCUUCUCUACAAGGCUGCCAAGAGAUUGCAGAGGAGUUUCGUUCCCAGGAGAUUGAUGGACAGGCCCUUUUAUUACUUAAAGAGGAGCAUCUUAUGAGUGCCAUGAACAUCAAGUUGGGCCCUGCCCUCAAGAUCUGCGCCAAGAUAAACGUCCUCAAGGAGACCUAAGGUGGCCCUCUUGCACAAACGAGCCUAAGGCAGACACUCUCCACUGUCCAGGUUAUAACCUGGUACCAGCAGACUUUACAGGGAAGAGCGAGCUGUUCCAAUUACCCGAAUCUUCUGUAGAGGGGAUUACUGAGACAGGGAAGAGAAGUGCAAGAAUUGGUUGCUGGUGCUACAUGGCGGCAGCUGUGACAUUUUC